AUGGCUCCGUUCGUACUGAGAACCACAAAGCAGUUCGUGGCGGCAUCGGCUAAAGACAAGGUGGAGAUAUUCGAGUUGAGGAGGCCGGCGAUAACGACAAACGCGUCCAACGUCAAAAACAGGGACUGGACAAAGGUCGCGACGGUUGUUGCCGCCGACAGCCAGCAUCUCCCCAUCCCUAGCUCGCUGAAGCUGUUCGGCAGAGAGAUCAAGGGGCAGGCCCUGCGCAACCUGGCGGAGGAUCUGGCCAGCUCGCGGCUGCGCGUCAACCGGGAAGGCUUCUGCUACGUGGUGGACCCGGGAUUCGGGGUCCAGUUCUUGAGACUGCAGGACCUGUUCGGGUGGUCGCUGUACGGGGUGGACACGCCGGAGGACGGGAUCACGACCACGUGGAACCCUUGCGACAUGCACGCCGACGACCCGAACGGUCCUCCCGUGGUGGACUACGAGGAGCUGGCGAGCCGGAAGAGGAGCCAAGUGUACCUGUUGCAGUUCAAGGAGCAGCCACAGGCGCGGAGGGAGCUCGAGCGGGCCAAGGAGGAGCUGGCGGAGUUCGAAGACAAUAGCUACUGGGGGGCGAUCGAUCCCGACGACUCGGAGAAGUUGGUCUCCGAUCCCUGGGAGGCCGACCAAGUAAUUCAACGAAGGCGCAAGGAGUUUCCGCCAGGGAUUUUCAGAGUUGGUUCACUGACAACAACAGCCACGGCCAUCGCUACUAGAACGUCUUUCUGGUCGAGCGGCCCUUCCCUUGACGAGAAGGCGGUGGAAGAGCUAACUGUCGUUGACCAGGGCUUGGGGAAGACUGCGCCGACGUCGGGCGUGGAUGUGGAGACCAAAGACGGGAAGUUCGAUAGGGAGAAGUGGUGGUACAUCCGGACCACCCACCCUUACGGCGGGACUACGCUGCUGGCUUACUACGAAGGAAGCUUCGCUUCCGCGCAGAUCCACAAUCCGUACACUGGGCAGACAGAGACUGUUCCCAUCCCUUAUUCCCCUAACUCGGCUUUUCGCAGCGACGCUCGUUUCUACCUUGCUUCCUUGUCCUCUCUUCGUCUCAGGGUUGUGCUUCCCUUCAUCACCUUUCCCUUUUCCGCCUAG